AUGGCAGCCCACAUAGGCAGCAAUGGCGCAACCGGAGGGUCCCAGAGCCCUCCGGACGAUGAUAGCAUAGCUCGGGAGUAUGACAUGCUGUCGUCCUAUACCGAUACAACUGACUACUAUUCUCUUCUGGCCCUGUCGCGCGACCCCCCGCCUACCGACGCUGCGAUUCGCUCUGCCUACCGGGCCCUGAUGCUUUCGUUUCACCCGGACAAACAGCCGUCGCAUAUGCAAGAAGCCGCCCGAAGCCACUUCGGGAAGAUACAGUUGGCCUACGAAACCCUGAUUGAUCCCAAGAAGCGGGUGGUUUAUGAUAUGUUGGGAGAGGAAGGUGUGAAUGAAGAAUGGAGCUACAGAGGUCUUUUGGGGAAAGCCGGCGAGGCGGAGAGGAUGGAAGUAGGGGUAAAGGCCAUGGAUGAAGCACAAUUCCGUCGAUGGUUUGUGAAGAAGAUGAAAGACAAGGAACAUUCUGUAUUGGAAGAUCUAGUUCAAAGUAAAGUACACAUGCAGGUUGACUUGGAUGCGACAGACAUGUUCAAAAAAACAGCGGAUACGACCACCGUACAGAUUCCUAACGUGAGGACAUCGCAUGCAGAGCUUGGUUUCAGGUUUAAAACGCCGUUCCCUACCAUUCCAGGAUUCAAGUCAUCUAAUAACGAAGACUACGAGGAUGGCAGCGGGGACGGUUCAGAUCGUAAGGCCGCCAUUGAUCCCGAAGACGAAGAGGAAGACAUGCAGCUAGUGGUUUAUGCAAGUGCGGGCGGAGAUAUUCAUAGAAUGAAGCGAGUGAUCACUAUGGUUGUUGAGGAAACAAACGAAGAGAGAAAGGUAGUGGAGGAUAUGCCGCUCAGCCUUAUAACUGGCAAUUUCACUUUGGGAGCUUCUCUGGGGCAUAGAGUACAAGCCAGUGGCGCUAGAAUCUUCAACGAUGAGGACAAUGAAGUCAACAUGCCUCGCGAGCACAGCAAGUUUGAACUUGGUUUGAAUAUACUUCCCAAAGAGGCCGCUCAGAUACCGCGACACUCUGACGACGACGACGACGACGAUGACGAGCAGAAGGUCGAAACUGCCAGGAGAAUGCGUGGAAUCGCGGAAUCCGCGCCGCUAGGAACCUGGGUAUUAUCCCUUCAUACAUCACCGGCUAACGUAUACUUGUCUGUCGAUUAUGGGAGGAGCCUGUUUCUCUCUGAGCCCGAGAAGCCAGCGCUAUCCCAGUGGAGCUACGAGGGAUAUACUCCUCGAAAAGAAACAGUCAACAGUCCACCUGUCCAACUCUCCAUCGCGGCCACCGUUUCUAUAGAUCUCUCCUUGGCAUGGAUGAUAUCAGCCUCUCGCAAAUUUGGCAAGUUCACUCGGAUGGGCCUCGGUGUUGGAGUUGAAGGCAAAAAGGGGCUGGUUUGUUCAAUUACAUGGAGUAGGCUUGGUCAAAACCUGAAAUUCCCAAUCGCAAUCUGUCCCUUGGAAGUGGUGGAUGCCGAUAUUGCUAGUCUUGCUGUGAUUGUGCCAUGGCUUACAUACUCAAUCAUGGAGUUUGGAUACUUGCGUCCACGACGGCGACGGGAACAGAAGAAAGCGAUUGCUAAGCAGCAAAGGAGGGUGCAAAAACUCAUAGAGAAACGCAAGGCAGACAGCUUGCAGGUUAUCGAACUGAUGAGAGAACAAGUCAACCGAAGGCAGGACGGAGAAGAACAAAGGGGUGGCCUGGUGAUUCUUCACGCUGAAUAUGGACAUAUCCCGCCGGCAUCGUCAUUCAGACUGGGUAGAGCCGACUCAAGGGCCCGUGAAAAUAUGGUCGAUGUCACCAUCCCGAUUGCGGCUCUUGUUUACCAGGGCCAGUUGAACAUACCGAGUGCUGUUAUCAAGAGCAACAUUAUCGGCUUUAGUGACCCUGCGCCGUUUAUGCCUAAGACCCUGCGGAUAGAAUAUGUCUUUGGAUGGAGGAAGCACUCGGUUGAGAUCGCCGACGGUGAGGCCGUGACAUGCCCUAUGCGGUCACACAUGGUGUAG